AUGGCGGGUGUGUGCGACAUUGGGCUGGUGGGGUUAGCCGUGAUGGGUCAGAACCUGAGUCUGAAUAUAGCGAGCAAAGGAUUCAAAAUAGGGGUGUACAAUAGAACAUACGCAAGGACGGAAGUAACUUUGAAAAGGGCAAAGGAAGAAAAUUUAGUUAUUUAUGGAUACAAAACAUUAGAAGAAUUGGUAAAUAGUUUAAAAAAACCCAAAAAAAUUAUAUUAUUAAUAAAAGCAGGACCAGCAGUGGAUGAAAAUAUAAAAAAUAUUUUGAACUUUUUUGAGAAGGGGGAUAUAAUUAUUGAUGGUGGAAAUGAAUGGUAUUUAAAUUCAGAGAGAAGAAUAAAAUUAUGUACAGAAAAACAAGUAGAAUAUUUAGCUAUGGGUGUUAGUGGAGGUGAAGCAGGAGCAAGAUAUGGUUGUUCUUUUAUGCCAGGUGGUUCAAAAUAUGCAUAUGACUGUGUUCAGGAUAUUUUAGAAAAAUGUUCAGCAAAAGUAGGAACCUCCCCUUGUGUUACUUAUAUAGGACCCGGAUCAUCAGGAAAUUAUGUCAAGAUGAUACAUAAUGGUAUUGAGUAUGGGGAUAUGCAAUUAAUAUCUGAGAGUUAUUAUCUUAUGAAACAUAUUUUAAAAUAUGAUAAUAAAAAAUCAUCAGACGUUUUUAAAAAAUGGAAUGAAGGUAUUUUAAAUUCAUAUUUAAUAGAAAUAACCUCCAAAAUUCUUAAUAAAAAAGAUAACUUAACAGAUAACUAUUUAGUAGAUGUAAUUUUAGAUAUUGCAGGAGCGAAAGGAACGGGAAAAUGGACUAUGCUUGAAUCCAUUGAAAGAGGUAUACCUUGUCCAACCAUAUGUGCUGCUCUUGAUUCUCGUAAUAUAAGUGCAUUCAAAGAAUUAAGAACAAAAGCAGAUACAUAUUUUAGCACUGCAUCGAAGGUAAAUAAUUUAAAUGGAGAUAAUAACUUAAAUAGUAAUGACCUAAUGAACAAUUUUGAAAAUGACUUACUAAACGCCUUAUACUGUUGUAAGAUAAUCUCCUACACACAAGGUUUAUUCCUAUUAAGACAAGUCUCGCGUGAAAUGAAGUGGAAUUUAGAUUUAGGUGAAAUUUCUAGAAUAUGGAGAGGUGGUUGUAUCAUUAGAGCAGUUUUUUUAGAUCGUAUAACUAAGGCAUAUAAAAAUAAUAACAGCUUAGAAUUAUUAUUUUUAGAUGACGAAUUUGCUGAAGAAAUGAAAAACAAAUUACCUUCUUUAAAAAAAGUUGUUCAUAUCUCUACCAUGUGUUCCAUUCCUAUCCCUGCAAUCUCAGCUAGUCUAGCAUAUUUCCAAAUGAUCACUUCGAAGGAUUUACCCUUAAAUUUGGUACAGGCACAGAGGGAUUACUUUGGCUCUCACACAUAUAAGAGAAUCGAUCGUGAAGGGGAUUACCACACAGUGUGGGAUUGA